GUAUUGCUUACCCUGAAGUACAGUGAGGGAGGACUCAGCCCAUCGCCAGGAGAACAGCAGAGGGUGCCGAGGCGCCGCCAACACUGUACACAAUGAAGCUGCAGGGAUUAUUGUGUCUAUUCUCUUUAGUGGCAUGUGUUUGUGGGCGAGGUUUGCAGCACGUGACGUGUGGUUCUGUAGUGAAGCUGUACAAUACUUACUAUAAGGUGCGGCUCCAUUCACAUGAUGUCAAAUACGGGUCAGGGUCAGGACAGCAGAGUGUCACAGGCACUCCGCAACAGGAAGAUCAUAACUCCAACUGGCUUCUGAAGGGAACUGCCAAAAAGUCAUGCAAACGAGGGGAUCCUAUUGUAUGUGGUCAGGCCAUCCGCCUGGAGCACCUUGCAACACAUAGAAACCUCCACUCACACCACUUCUCCUCUCCAUUGUCUGACAAGCAAGAGAUCUCAGCAUUUGGGGAGGAAGGGGAAGGAGAUUCUGGUGACGACUGGAUGGUUAUCUGUGAUGGCGAGGCAUGGGACCGUAACCAGGAUGUUAUGCUGAGACACGUUGACACAGACCAGUAUUUGGGGGUAACUGGCCAACAGUAUGGCCGACCCAUUCAUGGCCAGAAUGAGGUGGUGGGGCUGUCUCGGCCAGGUGUUCAGGCCAAAUGGCAGACGAUGGAAGGUGUGUUCAUCAACCCUUCAGAUGUCUCUGAAGACAACAGAAUAUUCCAUGACCCUUCAGAGUUCUGAUGCUAAAUCCUACAUAGCUCAACCAGUGUGUUUGUGUUUUUGUGAGUGAGAGUACUACUGAUUCUGAUGAUUUACAAAAAAUAAUUUAUUUAAUGAGUGGAACGACACUGCUUUUGAAAUAUGAUGAAUGUUUCAGUUUGACUGUUACAUGUGAAAGCAGUGUAGAUUUACUUAUUUAUGAAUGAAAGAAAACAUUUUAUACCUGGCAUCUAUGAUGCUCAUUUGAAGCCAAAUGGUGGUGAUAAAGAUUCCACAAAUCAGGUGAUUUGUCAAUACAUGUUCACUGUAUCUCUGUCCCUUUUCUUCUCAUGUUGAAACAUCAUUAUUUGCUGUCAUUCAAUGCUGUUUGUUUCCUAUAAAAUACCACUGAUGUUUCCAUAUGCACAACAGAAGUCAGAUCAUCCACAUCAUAUACCAUGUUACAUUGUUGCACUAUCAUACCUCUGUAUGACUUGUUGAGCAGGUUUGGGAGGGGAGCUGUGAAAGAAACUCAAGAGGGAACAUGAAAGAACAAGAAACAUGU